AUGCCUUACCAUGUACAAGUAGGCGAAGAUGCUUACUUUAAACGAUCAGAUGCCAUUGGUGUCGCUGAUGGGAUCGGUGGAUGGUCAAAUACAGCUGGUAUAUUUCCAACAAAAAAAAUUUUAUUAUUUUACUUAUUUUAUUUAUCAGGAGCAAACUCAGCACUGUAUUCAAGCCAAUUGAUGCACUACGCCAACUUGGAAAUGAAUCGAUUUGAAGACAUAGAGGAUCCUUAUUUUUUUCAAUACAACACUACCAAUCCAGUGGAUAUCCUACAACGCAGUUAUGAACAAAGUCUGAUGGAGGCCAAACGAUUAAAUACACUAGGUUCCACAACUGCCUGCAUUGCUGUCUUACGCCAUGAUGAAUUAAGGGUAGCCAAUAUUGGCGACUGCGGCAUUUCUGUCAUUCGACAUAAUCAAUACGUCUUUCGAAGUGAAGAGCAGCAACAUGCAUUUAACUUUCCUUAUCAACUCGGUAUUCUCUCAAAAGAUCAACCAAAGGAUGCACAGUCAUUUACAGUCCAGGUCGAAAAGGGAGAUAUUAUCAUCAUGGCCACCGAUGGAUUAUACGAUAAUCUAUUUGAUAAAGACAUUCUAGAUAUUGUUCGAAAGCAUGUUCAAGCACAUACUAUACCAGCUACCAAAGAUCGACCUGCUCGCGUAUGUAAUCUUCAGGCCCAAAUGCUGUCUGAUGUCUUGGCUAACAAGGCAAAAGAAGUCAGUGAAACCCGAUAUCGAAUCGAAACUCCAUUUCAACGACGGGCGAUGAAGGAAGGAUUCUUGAUGGAAGGUGGAAAACAAGAUGAUAUUAGUGUCAUCGUAGCCAUCGUUAAAGACUGUGAGGAUUCUCCUGAUCGUCGUUUAUAA